AUGGGCAAUGGGCCAGCACCUUUCUCAGAUAUUGGAAAACGGGCAAAAGAUCUGUUGACCAAAGAUUACAACUAUGACCACAAGUUUGUAUUAUCAGUUCCUGGAUCUACCCCCAUGGGACUGACUGCUACUGGUUUGAAAAAAGGUCAAAUAUUUCUUGGAGAUAUAAGUGCUCAGUACAAGAGUGGCAGGACUAUCGUAGAUGUAAAAGUUGAUACAUAUUCAAAUGUCUCAACAAAAGUAACUGUUGAUGAAGUAAUGCCAAGUACAAAAGCAAUAUUAAGCUUUGAUGUCCCUGAUCAUAAAUCCGGGAAGCUUGAUGUGCAGUACCUUCAUCCACGAGUUGCCAUUGAUUCCAGUAUCGGCCUGAACCCUUCUCCGGUUCUAAAUCUGGCGGCGGCAGUUGGCGGCGGUGACAUACUUCUUGGAGGUGAAGUCGGAUUCGACACCGCCUCUGCUUCUUUCACCAAGUACACCGCCGGAAUCAGCUUCAACAAACCCGAUCUUUCUGCCGCCCUUAUGCUGACAGAUAAAGGGCAAACCUUGAAGGCAUCUUAUGUACACUCAGUGAACGCCUCAAACACUAGUCAAGUUGUUGCUGAAAUGACACACAGAUUAAACACAUUGGAAAAUAGCUUCACAAUCGGAAGCUCACACGUUCUUGACCGUUACAACACGGUUAAAACCCGGUUCUCAGAUAACGGAAAACUCGCGAUGGUGUGCCAACGGGAAUGGCGGCCCAAAUCAUUGAUUACUUUCUCUGCAGAGUAUGAUGCCAAGAGAAGUGAAGUGGGUCCCAAGUGGGGUCUUGCUUUGGCUUUGAAGCCUUGAAUAUGGUUUGGUUUGGUUUUUCUUUUUUUUGGGUAACAUUUUAUGAAAUUGUUUUGGAGAUUAUGAAAUGAUGAGAUUUCAUCAAAAGGGUAUUAUAUUGAUUGAUGUCGAAUUUUAUUUGGGAAAAAUUGACCCGAUUUUGAUUUUGGUGUAACGGGUAUACAUGCAAAUUGUUUGUAUGUUAGAUUUUGAUGGAAGCAUGGGGCGUUAAUUGUAGUCCUGUGAAUGAUACUUCUCUCAGCUUAAUAAUCCAUGAUCACAUUUUUAGGUUA